AUGGAGACCAUUCUCUCACCUCGCUCUCUCACCCCACUUUUCAAGACUCCUCCUUUUUCCUCGAUCCAGCCCAGAUCAUGCUUCGGGCUCAAGCCCGUUUGCUGCAACCUCAAAAAGCAACCUUCACUGUCGGUUGAGCAAUUUUCUCACAAGCCCGCGGGCUGGGUUGCUAACGUGCACCAGGGGCUGGCCGCGCUCGCCAUCUCGUUGGCCCUCAAUUUUUCGUUGCCGAUUUUGGCGGACUCUGCACUUGCGUCUGAGUUCGAUGUUCUGAACGAUGGCCCGCCUACGGAGUCGUACGUUGUUGAUGAUGCCGGCGUGCUUAGCCGGGUGACGAGGUCCGACUUGAAAAGUUUGCUUUCGGAUUUGGAGUCCAGGAAAGGGUUCCACAUUAACGUUGUCACUGUUCGCAAGCUCACUAGCAAAGCAGAUGCAUUCGAGUAUGCUGACCAAGUACUCGAACGUUGGUAUCCAACUGUUGAGGAAGGCAAUAACAAAGGCAUUAUAGUGCUCGUCACUAGUCAAAAAGAAGGUGCCGUCACAGGUGGCCCUAAAUUCAUCGGAGCCGUUGGUGAUUCUGUUCUUGAUGCCACUGUUUCUGAAAAUCUUCCAGUCUUAGCUACGGAUGAGAAGUACAAUGAAGCAGUAUACAGUGCUGCAAAACGGCUAGUAGCUGCCAUAGACGGGCUUCCUGAUCCGGGGGGCCCGCAGGCUAAAGACAACAAGAGGGAAUCUAACUUCAAAACCCGAGAGGAAACGGACGAAAAACGGGGUCAGUUCACUCUUGUUGUUGGAGGUUUGUUAGUCAUUGCUUUUGUUGUUCCUAUGGCACAGUACUAUGCCUAUGUCUCCAAGAAAUGA